UACUGCCCAGGGUACUAGUUCGCUCGUGCAUGGGGUUUGAAAACCUAGGAGCCAAUCAGAGGCAGCGCUUAGGUUAAAUUCGAGAUCCGCCCCGAAUUUUUAUCUUUUGCGCAUGCAACCGAUUAUUGAAUAAAUCGAUUACAACUCAAUUGAUCCGUAGCGUAGAAAGAAUUGAAGAAUUCCCUCUCCCGGACUCGACCCUCGACCCUCGACCCUCGCAUUAAGAGCGGAUGCUGGGACAUUAGCCAUUAAUCGCCAUGGCUUCUGGAGUACAGUCGGUGCGAUUGUGCCUACGGGCUUUUCGACAACCUCCAACCCGAAAAGUUGCCCCGCGAAUCCCAAGAAUAUACGUUCCUACCCGCGCCUUGUCCUCAACACCCAUACGAUCCCGUCGCGAGGCUAAGAAGAAAGAGGAAGAUCCCGAGGAAGACGAAGAAGAUGACGGUAGUGUAGAUAUUGCUGAAAUGGAGAGAUCUCUUCGCGCUGUGCUGAGAGAUCCCGACUUCGAAGCCGCAACCCGAAUCCAGGAACAAAUGUCAAAUACCGCCAACAACGCCGUCAGCAAUAUAAACUUCGUACCUAAACUCAGAAAAUCCUUCUGGCACGACGAGGAGGAAGAUACCGAUUUGAUAACCGACGAGCAAAAUGAGGACGUAUUUGAGGAGGACGACAUUAUGAGUUUAGCACACGGCAAGCUGGAGGAGUACCGCGAACAGCGAGAAUAUGCCCGCGUUGCUGCUUGGGAGAUGCCUCUUCUGUCUAAGCUGGCACGGCCUUUCGAACCGCCUACAGCUGAGCAACCCUUGCGAUUCCGAUACACGUCUUAUAUGGGUGAAUUCCACCCCGCAGAGAAUAAGGUCGUUGUAGAAUUCUCGCCCAAAGAUAUGCCGCUGGAUGAGGCCCAACAGCUCAAGCUGAAGAAGUUACUGGGUCCCCGCUACAAUCCGGAAACGGAUAUAGCUAAGAUGAGCUGCGAACAGUUCGAACACCAAGCGCAGAAUAAGCGAUAUCUUGGUGACCUAGUGGAGAGCUUAAUAGCGCGAGCGAAGGAUCCUUCCGACAUGUUCGAAGAUAUUCCUCUCGACACAAGACAUCAUCCCAUUAAGGUUAAGCCCAAGUUCCCCAAGGAAUGGAGGAUAACCGAGGAGCGCAUGAAGUUCCUCGAAGAGACGAGGCAGAAGUCGCUGCUACUCGACCAGAUGAAAGAGGAAGCCGGCGCCUUGGUCGACGGCAAACAGAAGAUCUCGCGGUUCUUCAACGGCCCCGAAGCCGAGGAGAAAGUCCCCCAGUUUAUCCAGGAGCAACAGCUAAGUCAGCCCUCGCUGCUGGGUAGACUGGGUAGACGGGUCUGAUAUGUAUAAUCCCCCCAUGUAAAUAAAGACCGGCUCUAGGGAGCUCGCUGUAUGAAUGUAAAAAAAAAUAUUAAAAAAAUACAAGCACUGCGAACUAGGAUGUUGCUGAGCGGAGUUAAUCUUCUCUCAGAAUAAUAAAUAACUAGCACCGAUGUACAAUGUUAAUGAGUUCAAUUCGUUAGGUAAGAGCAAAAAGGAAUUGCAGUUACCUAUCUUACAAGCGUGUCUGCUUCAGGGGUACACAUCUUUUGUACGAGAGACGUCCACCUCGCUAUCUAGACCUAAACAUUCCGGCAAGGUAACAUCUGAUGGCAGGUUUACAGGAAUUUCAAGGCUAUAAAGUAAAUAAAUCGUUCUUCCCAAUUAUAUAUAUAGGAUAGCUAGUAGGUGUGUUUUAAUAGCUUUCUCGAUAAGUACCCCAUGCUUAAUGGCUUGCUAUAUGGUUAUCUUGGACUGUUCCCGUUUGUCAGAUCUACCAGAUUAGUCAUAUCGCAUUCUUCCUAUUGUAAAGUACCAGACAACAGACUUCCAUUUCUGGUAGCAGAUGUGGUGACAGGUACGUUGUAAUUUGCACUUAGUUAUCUGACAGCUCCACGGAAUGCGUGAGAAAGCUUGCCAAGACGGCAUUCGGCAACCG